GGGAAAUCAUGUUCGACAUUUGAUUUGGUAGCCAUUGGUUUUGACCAUGUUGGCAUUUUGCAUGGGCACUGUUUUUCCAAGCUCUGGCGAAACUGGCGAAAUCAUCUACUGCUUUUCCAUGGACACACAUGGUUUUCCUUUCCUUUCCCGGGACUACGGCUAGCGAAACACUCGAGGCAACUCUUCCUUUUUUUCUUCUUCUUUUCAGUUCUCAUCGAUUUCUUCUACAAACACAUUGGCACAGCAAAAUCAUUACUAAAGAACCGACCAAGCACACCCAAGCAGUUCCGACUAGGGAGGGGUCGGGGCAGUAUUACGAAGCGCCCUAGGCUUUGCCAGAAGGCGGAUAUUUAA